AUAAGUAGAUGGAUGGAUGGAUUGAAGGCAAUGUGUAAAAAGAGAAAAAUGGUUAAAGGGGGGAUGGGACUGAAAGCAUGAGCUACAAUCAUGUAGGAUAAGCACGGUGGGCUAAUUAAUAAAGAACAAGUCCUAAUGAAUUUAAUUACACACACGUCUGGCAAGUGAAGGCUACAAAGCAAAGAGAGGUGGUAAAAGAGAAGAUUAGUGCUAACAUGUAAUAGAGGGAUUACAAUACAAAACAGCAGCGGAAACUGUUUACACAGCAGAUGCAGAUGUACCUGAGCAUGCAAACCAAUUUGUGUACUGUUUAAUUUUUGAAAAUUAAAUGUUGUCUCUUUUUCUCUUCAUUAUUUAUGAGCCGUGUUCUAUACACAUGAGUCUUCAGAUCAGUUCACUUCUCUUCCUGUAUGCAUCAUAUCCAGGAUUAGACACAAAAUGUUUUGUGUGUGUUUUUUUUUUUUUGCACUUAAUCUGCACAGUAAUGUAAAAUAAAGUUUAACACAGAAUCUGAAUGCAUUAUCAGUCUUUAUCAACACAAUUGUGUAACAUACUGUAUAUGGGCAAAGCAUAAAUACAUAUCAUAAAACAGUGACUUAGUGCAUAACACUUCAUUCAUUUAUUCGUGUUAUCUCUACACAUCUGCUCAGAAAGUGCACGCACGUUGCUGAGAUGCCUGUGAAAGAGCACAAAAAUUGUAAAUGUAUAUUGUAUAUGUGUAAUGCAUAUUUCUUGACAAACAUUUGAUGAAAGUGUGGAGUCACAUAUGCCUAAUGUCUAACAGGGAGAGACAUAUUCGUGAGAAUGUCCAUUUAGGAAAGGAUAAUUUCAAAAGGAAAUGAUCAGGGACUCAUUUUUUAUUAAAAUGUUUUGCAAAUAUAUUAAAGUACCAUAUUUCCACUAGAUGUAGUGCCUGAUCAUAUUAUAGUUGCCUUUAUGAGAUAAUAAACAGGACAGGUGUUUUGUAUCAUAAUUAUCAUUAUUGCACAUUUCAGCACCACUGAAGAAAGGCUUAAAUAACUAGAACUACAGAUUUUUUAAUGACAUUCAUAACAUGCACAAAAAAAAGAAUAGAAUACAAGCUAAAAUAAAUGUUACCACAUAAUUGUAUACUGUGGUUAUGGAGUGCCACGGUCUUUUUUGCUAAAUUAAUUCAAUUCUCUCUCCCCCGACUCUCUCCCUUGUUGCUGUUGUACAGCUUUUCUGUAGUAGACAGUGUUUAUCAACCAUGACCAGUGUGUUGUGUGUGCUAAUAAUGACAAAUGGUGAUUAGCCAUGGCUAACCUGCUCCCUAAGCACGAAAACAUUGUACCACAGCCCCGUCACUUAAAAUCAGAGCUGCUGCGUGUUUCUAACUCUCGGAGGGAAUCAGCAAUGAACAAAACCCCCUCUACAUAAAGUUUUCAAAGAGGAAAUUCAGAUAUCCUAAGGUAACCCAUUAUUUUUUAAUAACUGUACGUUCAGUGAAUAUUAUGGAUGUUACAUACACUCCUUAGGGCUUAUGCAUAAAAACAAGCUACAUUUAUUUCAGUGUACAUCCUUCAUAAAUCCAUUCCUACAUCAAUUGUUGCAGUCCACUGAAGAUGACAAUCUGCAUAAGAAUGGUUUUAUGAAUGAUUUACCCAGAAAACCAUUCUGCUCGUGUUUCGACUCUUUCUUCAAGUCUUUCUCAGUGGUAAAUGCUGCAUAAGGUAUCCCAGUGUUUCUUUAUGGUCUACUUAGAUAUUCCUGCCACUGUCAACUUCCACAUAAUGCAUAACACGCUCUUUGAAAACAUACUGCAUUUAAGUUUGAUGUCUUUGUCCACCACAGGAAAAUGCUGGAGGUGAAGAUCAUUGACGAUGAGGAGUAUGAGAAGAACAAAACCUUCACCAUCCACCUGGGGGAGCCGGUGCUGCUGGAGAUCGGGCAGAAACACGGAGACUCCAAUGAUAACAAACCGGCAGUGGGGGCAGAGGAAGAGGAGGUGGCCAAAAUGGGGUGCCCGAGUCUGGGAGAGCACACCAAACUGGAAGUGGUGAUAGAGGAAUCGUACGAGUUUAAGAAUACCGUUGACAAGCUCAUAAAGAAGACCAACCUGGCGCUGGUGGUGGGCAGCAGCAGCUGGAGAGAACAGUUUGUCAGCGCUGUCACUGUCAGUGCAGGUGAUGACGAUGAAGAGGAGAGCGGGGAAGAGCGCUUGCCCUCGUGCUUUGAUUACAUCAUGCACUUCCUGACAGUUUUCUGGAAGGUUCUGUUUGCCUUCGUUCCACCCACGGAGUACUGGAAUGGCUGGGCCUGCUUCAUUGUCUCCAUCACGCUCAUCGGGGUCCUGACCGCUGUUACUGGAGAUUUGGCCUCUCACUUUGGUUGUACAGUAGGCCUGAAGGACUCUGUCACAGCUGUGGUGUUUGUGGCUUUGGGCACAUCUGUGCCUGAUACCUUUGCCAGCAAGGUGGCAGCCAUCCAGGACCAAUACGCUGAUGCAUCCAUUGGAAAUGUGACAGGUAGUAAUGCAGUUAAUGUCUUCCUGGGUAUUGGAGUGGCGUGGACCAUCGCUGCUGUGUACUGGCACAGUCAGGGCAAAAAAUUCCAGGUCCCGCCGGGGUCGCUGGCAUUUUCCGUCACCCUCUUCACCAUCAUGGCACUGCUGUGUGUUCUGAUACUGCUGUACCGCCGCCGGCCCUCUGUGUCCGGGGGUGAGCUGGGGGGCCCGCGAACCGCCAAGCUGCUCACCGUGUUCCUCUUCCUCAUGAUGUGGCUCAUCUACAUCCUCCUGGCUUCACUGGAGGCUUACUGCCACGUGCCUGGCUUCUGAGAAAGUUCCUUAGAGAGAUGUACUCUAUGCUGUAAAACCUUCCAUCAUUCUUCCUCUCUGCUUUUGUGUAUAUGAGAAGUCUAAAAUGAGUGUUUACAUCUGUUCUUACUGAUUAUUAUUGCUGUAGAAAUUGAACUUGCAUCCUUUCGCUAACACUGGCGUGAAUAUCUAGAUAAGUGUCAGUUGAGGAUGAUAGAGGCUCUGUUGUUUCAUGCACAGCUUCUCUUUAUAGAUGAAUCUCUCUACCCCCUGGAUAUUCAGACACAGCAACUCUCUCCAGAAUACUCUCCGGAGAGCCCCCUCAGCAGUUUUUUUUUUUUUGCUUCAGUGCUGUUUUUUCCAAGGAUGGUCCUUUAUGCCUCACUUUGAUAUUCUCUCAGAAACCCCUCUUCUAUUAUUCUCUUUUCCCUCCAAGUCGCUGUCAAUAGACUCAUUCCCACUGCAGAGAUUUGGGCAUGUUUCACACCUCUAUCUACCCUCAAGACAUGAGCACUCUGUUUCAUUUGUCUUCUCUUGCCUGUUACUAAAGCUCCCUGCAGACAUUUGUGCCACACUAGCGCUGUUCAUUUUUCACAACUAUAACUUCAGCUCAAGUGAUCCGAUGAGGGCUGAGCUUCUCAAACUGAUUACGCCCCUAAUAUGACCUUUGCCCAUAACCCUGGCCAAAUUCUACUUAAACAUCUUCAUCGUCCUGAACAUGCCCCAGUGCUACCUACACCAGACCUUCUUCUACUCUGACCUCACCCUCAAUAAUUAUACAACAACUUCCUCACUAUUAAUCUUACCUCAAUGUCAUUGCAGGCCCUGCCUAGUACUACUUAUAUCCUUAUUGCGCUUUUCCAGUGCGUGGUACAACUCGGCUUGGUAUUACUCAGUAUGGCAUGGCACGGCUCGACUCAGCUCAGUUUGUGUUUCCACUGCAAUUUAGUAUCGCUUUAGAGUGGGCGGAGUUAUUCACAUGUCGUUAUAGUUGUGCCGCCUCUACUACAGCAACUCGUGAAAAACAUUUUGCAUUGCCCCCUCAAGCUCUCACUGGAUCUGCUCCUCUGCUAUCAAUGAGAAGAACGUCUGUACUUCCUCAACAGACAACGUAACAACCAUUUUUGGGUUGUUAAAAAGGUGUGCUUGUUCAAAACAGAUGCGUUUUAGUGGUUCUGUUGCGUUUGUAUCACAAGUUCAGUGAUGCAGGUAGUGACUAUUCUCUCCGGCCAAUCAGUGAUCAGCAGAGUUUACACGUCACAUUUUGGUAACGGUAACCGAGGUGGUCCUAAAAAAAGUACCAUGUACCAGGUACUGUACCCAGUGGAAAACCCCCCAAAAGUGGACUGUACCAAACUACACCGUGCUGUACCAUGCAGUGGAAAAGUGCCAUUAUACUACUAUAGUGACCCCGCCCCAUCACUACAUACACCACACCUUUUUCACUUCUGACUCCACCCAUUACACUAUUUAUGCCACACCAUUAUUUUGAUACCACAUUUACAUAUGACACCAAUUCACAAGAAACAAAGCCCUCUUCACGUCUGACCCCACCACAACCCUACCUGUGCCACACCUCUUCUAAUCUGACUCCACCCCUGUAUUAAUUUACAGUAUAUCACAUAUUUUCCCUGCUGACCCCAACAUUGUCACUUUCACUACCAACAACCACAACCAUUUCAAUUCCGACCCCACCCACAACUCUACUUAUGCUACACUUUCUUAAUUUGUGGCCCUGCCCCCCAACAUUUUCUUCACCACACCCUCUUCAGAUCUACUAUUUGCUAGUAUUGUGAAUCUUUUAAAAAUGCUCUUGUGUUUUUUAUUAUUUAUUCAUUUAUUUUUACCAUGCUACUGAAAGUUAAUUAUGAAGUCAACAGAAGGAUUGUAAGAAGGAAAGAAAGAUUUUUGUUGAAAGUUAACAAAACCUGAAGAGAUACAUAAUUUGCAUGGAAAAACAUUAGUGAUAGAAGUUGAAUUGAGACCAAAAGAAAUAGUUUAACGGUGACAUAAGAACCAAGGUAUUGGUGUUUAUUCAUGUGAUAUUUAUUGAUAUUUAUUAUUAUGAACUAUGUAUUAUGUGGGGAAAUACUGCAGGCCGUGUGUGUGUAAGAGUGAAAGCAUGUAUUCAAAUGGGCGAGUGCAACAGAUUUGAUGAAACAUAUGAGUCAUGUGUGCCAAUCUGUUGAACAGUGUUCAAAGUGUUUGUAUUUGACUAUGAGUGUAUGUUAAGUAUGAAAGUGUGCUAAACUCAAGCACAGUGAAUUUUGUGUCUGUCACUGCCAGGCUCAGGAGUUUCAGGCUCCCAUCCUUUGAGCUUCUUGAUACUCUCCCAACAUCCAUGAAUUUACAAAUGGCUGCAGCUUUCACGUAGUACAUUUGUUGGUCCUAAAACAUGCAGUGACUGUCUUGCUGUACUAGGCCAUGUUCUUCAGCUUCACUGUGUCAAGCUUUUAGCUUUAUUCACUACUGAAGGCAUUGUGUCAUUGAGUCAUGUGGUUGUGUUUGAACACAACAUGGGUGCCUUGAUAUCAACAGUACAAGGUCUCUAGGCCAUACAGUAGGUCUGUCACUGAGUUUACACUGACAAGAUGGUGAAAAUGAUGAGUUUCGUUCAUGCGCAACAUGUAUAAUUUACCCGUGAAAUGUGAUUCCCUCAUUUUCACCACAUAAAUCCUGAGCAUAUCCAAUUAUUCAAGCACUUAUACCUCUCCUGAUAGCAUCGACGCCACCUAAUUUGCGUUUAUGUGCAUGGUUAAUGUAUAAUGGGUUGGUUUCAAGUUCAAUUUUUUAGUUUGCUCUCUUUAAUCAGUGUCCUCCAUCUGCUCCUUAACUAAUAAGACUUGGUUCAUUUCCAGUUAGCCAGAAGUUAAACUUGCUUAGUUAGCCCAGCUCUCUAUCCCAUUCUCUUCUUUGCUAAGCGAUACAGUGAUUACGGGUUUCAGUUUGCAGAUAUUACAUAAUUGUUUACAAGGGUGUAAUGUGUCCCCAAUUUCCCAGCUAUCAGCCAUCUGCUUAGCCCAACCUGGGACACAUGCUAUAGGAAAUGAAAAGUUAUAGCUGUAGGAAAUUCUCACUAUUAGGGGCCUCAGCACACCAGUCCUUCAAACUUUUUAAUGCAUGAGAUAAAAGUCAUUUUAAAGAGCUUUCUGAAAAAUGGUAAGAGGGAACACAUAGUCCCAUUACCUGAUUUAUAAUAACGCCAAUGGCCAAAUGCACCAUUUUAGAAGGGAGUUAUCUGUUAUGACGACACCAUUGGCUUAAAAGAGGCUGGCCUGCUACAGCCCUUCAUUUUCAUAAUUGAUCAAACAUAAAAAUCUACAGUCAGCUAUCUAUGGAAAUGUUGCAAGUGCUCCGCUCACUUUCUUAUACAAUGUGUGACGCGAAAGUGGGCGAAACAGAUACAUAUAGUUCGCAUUUAUACUGACAUAUGUGUAUUUAUACAUUCCAAUGAUACCAGAUUAAAAAAAGCACAGAGUGAUGUAUUUUUAGUGCUUCUUGUUGCUAGGCAAUGUCUUAGAGUCAUUGUCUUUCUGUCAUUAUGUUGUCUGGUGUCAGUGCUCUAGGGUGGGUGGAGACAGGGAUCCGUGGAUUGUAAUUACUUUAUAAGGUCACUCUCAUCUCUCUCCUUAUAUCUGGCCACACAGGGUUAAUGAACCCUAAUUCAAGGACAAUCCUUAAUUAAGAACCUUAUAUUGCCCCUGAGAUUUUUGAGUCACAUUAAUGUAAGCUUUUGCUUUGUGGAGAGCAGAGCAGUGAUUGAUCUCCCUUGAGGUAAACAUAUUUAUCAGUCAAAGUUGCAUCAAACUAAUGGGUUUUUCAAAAAAAAAAAUUAACAACUACAGAGGAUUAUGGUGGUGAAUCUCCAUCUAAUGCUCAGUAGCCAGCCAUUAACCUUGAAGAAUAAUACCAUACGAGAACAUAUCGUGCAAGUAAAUCUGUUUAUGUGGACCAGGAAGGACCAUCUCUUGUGGAAUAAGCCUAAAGCAAUGUGACUGAUUUAUGAUCAAAUAACAGUAGAUGUGAAACACACUUAAAAUGAUAGUUAACUCUUUGUGUCAUUCAAAAUCUGGACGAUUUUCUUUCUUUAGUUUAAAACACAAUACACUUAAUGUUACUGGAGACAACAAUAUCAAUAAACCCCAUUAACCUUGUAUUGUAUGAGGAAAAGAAAAAAACUGAUAGCAUAAUUUUCCUUGUUGGCUAAACUUUCCACACUUGUUUACUUUUAUUUGAUCUUAAAUCAGUCUCCACUUCCCCAAAACACCCUCGCAAAAACAAAAUGACCUUGAAUAUCGGAUAUGCAUAGUCCAUCAUAGCAUGUACAUCAGAGUGCUUGUGUCGUGCGAGAGUCCCGGUGUCACAUGUGCUCUCUUGUGAUACUCCAGUCUUAAAGCAUGUCUUUUCUAUGUGUGGGUAUUUGUCUACUAAUAUUGCAUUUCUCUUUAAGUACAAACAUUGAAAUAUUUACAAAAUGAAUUGUGUUUGGUUUUGUAUGUACUGCUAUUUGAUAAAUUACUGUUUUAAAUUACUUUUUUUUUUUUCAAAGCCAAGUGUUCUUUACUUAGCUUUAUGACACUAUUGUUGUCUUGAGAUAUGUUCUGUACUGAGACAAAUUUAUACUUUGGGUAAAAAAAAUGUAUGCGCUGCAUAGAGUACUUUAUCAUUAUCUUCACAACAACAAUAACAAAAUAAUUAAUGUUUUCAGUGUUGUAUCUAAAACUAUGUUUGAGGGAGAAAGGGCGUGAUUUUAUGUGAAUUCAUUAAAGCUGUUAUGUGAAGGGAAACUACAGUGCUUUGCCAAAAUAUUGAGAAUGAGUCUCUGUUUGUAAUGCGUAAAACUUUGUUUCUUGUUUAAUUUAUUUAUGAGUACAUUAAAGUUGGAAUUGUAUAUUACUAUUAA